GAGAAGCAGCUGUUGCAGGGUCCAGUCAAGCCUUUGAGUUGGAGGUUUCCCAUCGUUCCAGAGGUGCAAAGCGAGUUGGCGGUGGAUUUUCAGUUGAGGCAACCCGUGACUCCCAGUAGUGUGGCUGUUCAAUGCGGUGAGAACCGGGUUCUUGUGGAGGUAAAGAAGGAUUUGUUUAGCAAUGGUCAACUGAUCCAGCCAUCUGGUUUGUCUAUGGGAGGCUGUCCUGUCGUCGGUGAGGACUCUGCAUCUCGGGUGCUCAUCUUUGAAUAUGAACUACAGGACUGCAAUAGUGUGCUGAUGAUGACUGAGGAUGAGCUUGUCUACACCUUUGCUCUUACCUACACUCCUGAGGUGUUUGCUGGAACUCCGAUUACCCGUGCCGAUCGUGCAGUUGUUGGUGUUCAAUGCCACUAUCAAAGGUUCUAUAAUGUGAGCAGUAAUGCUUUGAGGCCAACUUGGGUCCCUUAUGCCUCAACGGAGGUUGGCGAGGAAGUCUUGAUGUUCUCCCUGAAGCUCAUGAUGGAUGACUGGUCCUAUCAGAGGCCUUCAAACUUAUACUUUCUGGGUGACGUUAUUAAUAUUGAGGCAUCUGUGAAGGUGUACAACCACGUCCCUCUGCGUGUGUUUGUGGACCGCUGUGUGGCCACCCAAGUACCUGAUGUGAAUGCUCAUCCGAGAUAUUCCUUCAUUGAGAAUCAUGGGUAAAGUCACGUCACUUUA